UUUAUAUAGAAAGUAAACAAUAAAUGAAACUGUAGUCAAUAUGCGCCGCCGAGUGGGUCUAGGUGCCAUACAGCAGCAAAAGUUGGCUGCCGAAAAAUAUAAGGAUAAAGGGGCCGAUUUGCAGGAAUCUCAAUUGGAGCAAAUGACGAAACAAAUGGAAGUUUUUCGCAAUAAAUUGGAAGAGUUUGCCAUGAAACACAAGGAAGACAUACGCAAAAACUCGCAGUUCCGAAGACAAUUUCAGGAAAUGUGCGCUGCCAUUGGAGUGGAUCCUCUUGCCACUGGAAAAGGAUUCUGGAGUGUGCUUGGCAUGGGAGAUUUCUAUUACGAGCUUAGCGUGCAGGUUGUGGAAGUAUGCCUUGCAGCCAAUCAUAAAACUGGCGGCCUUAUGGAAUUAGACGAACUUCGCCGUCGUCUCAUAGCCGCACGUGGUCAAAGUGCGGUUCAUCAGGAGAUUACAAAAGAGGACAUACUCAUGGCAGCAAAAAAAUUGAUCAUUUUUGGCAACGGCUUCGUUGUUCACAAGCUGGGUAAGGGUAAAUACAUUGUCCAAUCUAUUCCGGGUGAGCUAAGCAUGGAGGAAACCAACAUACUCAGUGCUGCAGCUAAUACGGAAAGUGGCUACGUCACCCAAAAUCAACUCAUUAAAGACUUGGGAUGGACCGAAUACCGCACAAAACAAGCGCUGGAAAAGGUAUUAGGCGAGGGCCUGUGCUGGAUUGAUAAACAAUCGGAUGUUGAGCCAAGUUAUUGGUUUCCUAGCUUGUUUCCCGGUCGCAAUGCACAAAUCGCUGCUGCAUAGUUACUUGUAAAAAAAAUGUAUAUAAAACUAUUUAACAAUCUACUACAAAAUAUAAUUGCAUAUACAUGUUACA